GAGACGUGCGCGUGACGCCGCCCCGCGCGGACGGUGACGCCGCGGACGGGAGCCCGCUCGGGUCAGGCGGCGGCGGCGGCAGUGUCAGCUGUGUCAGCGGCCGAGGCCGCGGCGGGAGCGGCGCCGCCAUGGGGGAGCUGUUCCGCAGCGAGGAGAUGACCCUGGCCCAGCUCUUCCUGCAGUCCGAGGCAGCGUACUGCUGUGUCAGCGAGCUGGGCGAGCUGGGCAAGGUCCAGUUCCGCGACCUGAACCCCGACGUGAACGUGUUCCACCGUAAAUUCGUCAAUGAGGUCCGGAGGUGCGAGGAGAUGGACCGAAAGCUCCGGUUUGUGGAGAAGGAGAUUAAAAAGGCAAACAUUCCUAUCAUGGACACCGGUGAAAACCCGGAGGUGCCUUUUCCACGUGACAUGAUUGACCUGGAGGCAAACUUUGAGAAAAUUGAAAAUGAGCUUAAAGAAAUCAACACCAACCAGGAGGCUCUGAAGAGAAACUUCCUGGAGCUGACAGAAUUAAAAUUUAUACUGCGUAAAACCCAGCAGUUUUUUGAUGAGGCUGAAUUGCAUCAUCAGCAGAUGGCGGAUCCAGACCUGUUGGAGGAAUCCUCUUCACUGCUGGAGCCGAGCGAGAUGGGAAGAGGUGCCCCACUCCGACUCGGGUUCGUGGCUGGUGUGAUCAACCGCGAGCGCAUCCCCACGUUCGAGCGGAUGCUGUGGCGCGUGUGCCGCGGGAACGUCUUCCUGCGCCAGGCAGAGAUCGAGAACCCACUGGAGGACCCUGUCACGGGGGAUUACGUGCACAAGUCUGUAUUUAUCAUCUUCUUCCAAGGUGACCAGCUGAAGAACAGAGUCAAGAAGAUCUGUGAAGGGUUCCGGGCCUCCCUCUACCCAUGCCCAGAAACACCCCAGGAGCGGAAGGAAAUGGCUUCUGGUGUCAAUACCAGAAUUGAUGAUCUUCAGAUGGUGCUGAACCAAACGGAGGAUCAUCGCCAGAGGGUUUUGCAGGCGGCUGCUAAAAACAUCCGUGUCUGGUUCAUCAAAGUGCGGAAGAUGAAGGCGAUUUACCACACCCUGAACCUGUGCAACAUCGACGUGACACAGAAGUGCUUGAUUGCUGAAGUGUGGUGUCCUGUUGCUGACCUCGAUUCCAUCCAGUUUGCUCUCAGGAGAGGCACUGAGCACAGUGGAUCCACUGUCCCAUCUAUUUUAAACAGGAUGCAAACCAAUCAGACCCCACCCACGUACAACAAAACCAACAAGUUUACUUCUGGCUUUCAAAACAUUGUUGAUGCUUACGGCAUUGGGACAUAUCGGGAAAUAAAUCCAGCGCCCUAUACCAUCAUCACCUUCCCGUUCCUGUUUGCUGUGAUGUUUGGGGAUUUUGGCCAUGGAAUCCUGAUGACUCUGAUUGCUGUCUGGAUGGUGGUGAGGGAAAGCCGGAUUCUGUCCCAGAAGAGUGACAAUGAGAUGUUCAACAUGGUGUUCAGUGGUCGAUACAUCAUCCUGCUGAUGGGGCUGUUCUCCACGUACACAGGCCUCAUCUACAACGACUGCUUCUCCAAGUCCCUCAACAUGUUCGGUUCCUCCUGGAGCGUCCGGCCAAUGUUCAAUAAAGCCAACUGGUCAGAUGCUCUGCUGGAGACCACCCCCCUGCUGCAGCUGGAUCCUGCUGUCCCGGGGGUGUUUGGUGGGCCUUACCCGUUUGGCAUUGACCCGAUCUGGAAUAUUGCCAGCAAUAAGCUGGCCUUCCUCAAUUCCUUUAAGAUGAAGAUGUCUGUGAUUCUUGGCAUUUUCCAGAUGCUCUUUGGUGUUGCAUUGAGUCUCCUCAACCACAUCUAUUUUAAGAAGCCACUGAACAUAUACCUCGGAUUUAUUCCAGAAAUGAUUUUCAUGUCCUCCCUCUUUGGAUACCUUGUUAUUCUCAUCUUUUACAAGUGGACAGCGUACGAUGCUCACACAUCCAAGGAAGCACCGAGCCUCUUAAUACACUUUAUCAACAUGUUUCUGUUCUCCUAUGAGGACACCAGUAAUAAGAUGCUUUAUAGUGGGCAGAAAGGGCUCCAGUGCUUCCUCGUGGUGGUAGCGUUGCUGUGUGUGCCGUGGAUGCUGGUAGCCAAACCCCUGGUCCUUCGCCAGCAGUAUUUAAGGAGAAAACACUUGGAGGGGCAGCCCGAGGAGGCCCAGGGCAGCACGAACGCGCAGGCGCUCGAGGCAGCAGCGGCUGCAACAGGCACGCACAACUUUGGUGGGAUCCGGGUGGGCAAUGGCCCAACGGAGGAGGAUGCUGAGAUCAUUCAACAUGACCAGUUAUCUACCCAUUCUGAGGAGGGGGAAGAGCCUACAGAGGACGAGGUGUUCGACUUUGGGGACACCGUGGUGUACCAGGCCAUCCACACCAUCGAGUACUGCCUGGGCUGCAUCUCCAACACCGCGUCCUAUCUGAGGCUCUGGGCCCUCAGCUUGGCCCACGCACAGCUCUCGGAGGUGCUCUGGACCAUGGUGAUCCACAUCGGCCUCAGCGUGAGGAGCCUGGGGGGAGGCUUGGGCCUCUUCUUCAUCUUUGCUGCUUUUGCCACCCUGACAGUGGCCAUUCUGCUGGUCAUGGAGGGGCUCUCGGCCUUCCUCCACGCUCUGCGUUUGCACUGGAUUGAGUUCCAGAACAAGUUCUACACUGGCACUGGGUUCAAGUUUCUCCCUUUCUCCUUUGACAUCAUCCGUGAGGGGAGGUUUGACGACUGAGUCCUCCCCACACCAGCAGUGUUAAACGUUGUGUGUGUGUGUGUGUGAGACCCUCCCCAACACCAAGGGUGUGACUGACCCCUCCCCGUGUGUCCGAGUCACAUGUGUAGUGACAAUAACUUAUUGCAGCACCCUUGAGCGUUACCAUGGCAUCCCCAAGCCAAAAGCUUUGACGUUCUGGGGUAACGACACUGGAUCACAGAAACUUUUUGUUCCUUAAGUUUACUCCCAAAGGUACCAAGUGCAUGAGGUGUCUGGUGUGCAGUCGUGUGCUCCCUGUAUUGUGCAUUCCUUGGCAGCUGAUCAGGGCAGAAAAGAAAUGCAGCUGUGCUGAGGGGACAUGGAGAAAAGGCCCAAAGACCUCAGCUCGGGAAUAGUGAGGGCUGUUCUCCCUCUUAUUGCUGGAGGCAGUGGUGGGGAGUCCUCAUUCGCUGGGACUCAGCUGCCUGACUGUGGCCUGGGGGCAGGAUGGGGAGGGAUGAGCCUUGGUGCAGACUGUCACUGGUCACUGCAGGUAUUGCCACUGGCAGUGGAACUUCUGGGGUUUCUGGUUUAAAACCAAAGCCUUUGAGGCACAUCAGAUAGUGUCUGUGUGGGCUUGGCAUCAGUGGAGGCAGCUUUUGCACAGGUGGAUGUACCAGUGACUCACGUUGUUCUGUACACUCAGGGUCUGAGGAGCCCUUUCAGAGAGAGCAGUGGCCCAAUCUUACUAAAAUAGCUCUGUGGCAGGGGGAUCUCUGUGGUGUGUCCCUGCAUUAGCUGUUGCUUUCUUUCCUGUCUGAGCUGUCAAUAUUUCCUUGCACUCCUCAACUCGAUGUAGCUGUAGCAGCAGUGUGGUGUGUGUUAGUGCUGUGUGUGACUGUCGUGUUUGAUUCUCGCAGUGGAGCCGAGUAUUUGUGUAUGAACAGAUUAGAACAAUAACGAGACUCAUUAACCUGGAAGCAAGGAGGAAAUGCCUCGAGGUGCCAGGCUGCUUAAAAUUAGGUGAGAAAGUUACAUGUACCUUGCACACUGCAAUGGGCACGUGCGUGGGGCACAGGGACCCUUGUGCUGCACCUGGGCAGGCCCUGGGCACUCACUGUGUUACAGGUGGACGUGGUGGGUAUUCACAGAGGUGUUUGCAGACUGAAGGAUGAAAUCAAAGCAUAGCUGCAGGUGGAGCUUUGCCAUGAGUCCUGCUAUGUUCUGCUGCCUGGGUGAAGCAUGUUGCUGACAGUCACUGUAUAAAUUAAAUGAACUCCACAACAA